UGCGCAUGCGCAAGGGUACGCUCUAGUAUAAAUGCAGUGAGUCCAGUCCCAACAAUCAGUGGUAGAUCCACACGUACAUGUAGACGGUGGACUGGACGGCCAGCAUGUGCAGUGUUGGAGCUGAGCAAUAAAUAUCUAUUGCUGAAAGUUGACAGAAGCUUGAACCCCUGUCACUAUGAAGAGACUUAACCAGUGGAUAAAGCCUCUGGUGCUCCUUUUAUGUGUAUGCUGUACAGCUGCAAUUCAAGCCGUGUUUCAUAUCAAGCCAGAAAACAGCACCUCAACAUGCCCUGAACCAUGCCUGACUCUGAAUGAAUUUGCUAAAACCGAUACAUCAUCAUUCGAAUCUGUUUCUCUUGUGUUUCUACCUGGAGAGCACGCUUUGACUUCCUCAUUAGUAGUGGAAAACAAGAUCAACAAUAGUCUUGAAGCACCUUCUAAUGUUAUCAUUCAAUGCUAUUCUAGGGGUAGCCUCCAUUUUCUCAAUUUGAUCAAUUUGAAGCUCAAAUACAUCUCUUUUCAAGCCUGCUCAAGUCAAUAUAUUUCUGGGAUUACCCUCAUGAAUGUUACUUCAGCUUCACUGCAUGGACUAAAUAUUUCUGGUAGUUUAGGAGGUGCCAUGCUCGUAACAACCAGUUCUGUUCACUUUGUGGACACCAUCUUUUCAACAAAUCAAGGUUAUGAAACGUACAGCAUUCUGAAAGCUUCAUUCUCUGAGCUAUUUUUCUCUAGUGACUGUGUUUUCGAAGGUAAUUCAGGAUCACUUGGCGGAUUCUAUGCUAUAAAAAGCAAUUUAACCUUUUAUGGAAAUACAAAUUUCACAGGAAACUUUGGUAAUGAAGGUAAUUUCUUAGGAGAAAGUGCAUUGACGAUCACGGAGUCUACAAUGUACAACUUUGGCAACAUCAAAUUUUUAUACAAUCUGAAUCCCCAGCCACUAGCAAUUAAUUCCAGUGUUCUAAUUUCUAAUGGAUCUUUUGAGCUUAUCGGCAACGAAGCUGGUCCUCCACUGCAUGUUCCUGGACUGCCUGAUGUUAUCCAACUGGAAGUUACAAUUUUCAUCACAAAUUCUGUAGUCUCCUUCACUUCAUUAAUAUUUGCUCGAAAUCAAGGCUCUGCCUACUUCUUUAACUCUCCAUUUACAGUCACCGAACAAUUGUUCGCUUAUGAUAACUUGCUCAUUCAAAAUUAUUCACAUUCUACAUUUACUAUGCAGGGUAGUAGUGUGAAUUGGACUGGUUUAGUAAUGUUCUAUAAUAAUCAAGCAAAGGACGCACCCAAUGCUACUGUUGGAAUUCAGUCAGUCUAUCAAACUAUUACUAUUAAUGGUGAUGUCAGCUUUGUGAACAAUCAUGCCGAUUAUAGUGCUGGGUUUUUCAUGGGAAGUACAGUCCUCAUGCUGAAUGGCACUCUAUCCAUAAAGAACAACUCCGCUUUAGUAGCAGCUGCUGGAUUAACUUUGCUAGCGAGCAGUAUGCGUGUUAAUGGACUAGUACACAUUUCUGGGAACUCUGCAUCGUCAGAUCAGUCUGCUGUACUCGUCUCUCAACAUAGCACAAUUAAUGUGUUGGGAGCAUUCGAAUUUCUGGACAACGAAGCAUUAAAUCGAGCAUUUUGUAUUUUAAUUGCAUCCAGUAGCUGCACUUUUAACGGGACAACUACCAUGGCGGGUAGUGUUGGCCAUCGGCCACCGCAUUACUUGAAAAAUUCUAAUGUUACUUUUGCCGGGUACACUAGAAUAACCGACAACAUCGUUAGUAACGAUUAUGGAGCUGGCCUUGGAAUGUCCCAAAGCACUUUGACGCUGAUGGACAACUAUCUGUUUGAGAACAAUCAGGCACCUGAUGAUGAUGGUGGAGCAAUCUAUUCGAUCGACAGCACUAUCAUUUUUGCUGGAAAUGGAAACUUUACUAGGAACACAGCAAAACAUGGUGGUGCUCUUCAUUUAUUCUACAGAUCAAAACUUAUAAUAACACCCAAUUCUUUAACUGUAUUCAAUAAAAACAUUGCAUUGACUGGUUCAUCAAUCCAUGUUGAGGAAGUUAUUAGUUUUAUCAACUGCACGAACGAUAUUAGGUUACGAAAUGUUUAUGCAGAACCACCAACGUGUUUCUUUGAUAUUGAACUCACUGACACUGUGGCACUGAAGUUUGGUGAUAAUGAAGCUCAAGACGGAGGUCCAGCAUUGUAUGGAGGAAUGCUCAAUAGGUGUACUCCUAUAACACAACAUAACCAAAGUGUUUUGAAAACAUUUGAAAACAUAUCCGACUUUGGUGAUUCAGAAAUAUAUUCCGCUGCAUCUUCUGAUCCAUAUCGGCUGUGCUUCUGUAAUAAAGAUGGAAACCCUGUUUGUGACGUCCAAACACUAAACUUGACAAGUAGGAGGGGAGAAGAAUUUUCUGUGAGUGUUUCCGUUCGUAAUGAGCUUGACGUUGGUGUAGUUGCACUAGUCAGAAGCUAUCUAGUGUCAGGUUUCAACAAUACAAACAAGGUACUUGGAAACGAAGGAAUUCUCCAGAAAGUGAAUUACAGUUGUACAAAAUUGAAGUUUAGAGUUUCAUCUCCUAACAACGCAGAGCAGCUAACCAUGUAUGCAGAGGGACCUUGUCGAGAUGUGGGGAAUACAUCAAAGAGUAUCAUGGUUCAGUUUUCGGAGUGUCCCAUUGGAUUCGUUUUUGAUGUUAAUACUUGUGCAUGUGAUUCGCAUUUGCGGCCGUACACAUCCAGUUGCAACAUUGAUACUGGUGGAAUAGAAAGAUCAACAAAUUUUUGGGUUGGACUUAGAUACAAUGAUAGUGGAAAUUUCACAGGGUUGAAGUUUUUUCCUAAUUGUCCAUUUGAUUACUGUUUGUUUCCUUCUGCUCCUGUCAUUAUGACAUCACCAGACACACAAUGUAAUUAUAAUCGGUCUGGAAUUUUGUGUGGGUCAUGUGGAACGGACAAAAGUCUUCUUUUAGGUAGCUCAAUUUGUUCCGAGUGCUCAGAUUACUACCUCUUCCUGUUGAUCCCUUUCGCACUAAUGGGAAUUCUGCUUGUUACUUGUCUGUUUCUUCUCAAUCUAACUGUUCAAACUGGUGCAAUACAUGGACUGAUAUUCUAUGCGAAUAUCGUGGCUGUAAACAAAGCUGUCAUGGUACCAUCUGGUACUUUUAAAGGAUUGUCCAUUUUUUUGGCAUGGCUAAAUCUUGAUUUUGGAAUCGAAAUAUGUUUCUUCAAUGGUAUGAAUCAGUAUGCGAAGACCUGGCUACAGUUUGUAUUUCCUGGGUAUCUCCUUUUUCUAGUUCUUUUGAUCAUCGUUGUUUGUAAACUUUCAAUUCCAGCAUCUGAAAAGUUGGCAAAACUUGGUGACCCUGUCUUUGUGCUGGCUACUGUAAUCUUGCUGUCCUACACAAAAAUUGUACGCACUAUUCUAGCAGGUCUUUCAUUUGCCAGCAUUGAAUUGUCUAAUGACUUGCAAUCUGCUAUGGUUUGGCUUUUUGAUGGCAACUUGGUUUAUGCUCAAGGAAACCAUGCCAUUCUAUUGGCUUUUUCUCUUGCAGUUCUGAUUGUUUUCGUUUUUCCGUACACCACAAUGCUUACAUUUGCACAGUUUGUGACAGAGUCCUGCUGUAUUUCUCGAAGAUCGCUCUACAAAACCUGUUAUGAAUUAUUCAAACGAUACCACACACCUUACAAGCCAAAUCAUCGAUAUUGGCCGGGGUUGUUUUUGAUAAUACGUAUUAUUAUUCUGGUAACCUUUGCAGUGAAUUUUCUUGGAAACCCGAGUACAAAUCUGUUAGCUAUUUCAACAGUCUGUAUCUGUACAGGAUCUUAUACUUGGAUUGUCGGAGGUGUUUACGAACUGAAGCUCUUGAAAAAUGCGAGUGAGGAAAAACGAUACGUUAAUUUUAUUAACAACUGGCUUUUGGACACACUAGAAUCACUUUUUUUACUGAAUCUGGGGAUAUUUACUGCUGCCACUUACCAUAUUCGGGCUACUACCAACAGUGUUGAAGAUCAAGCAAUCUUAGCGGAUAUCUCACUGGCUUUCACGUUUGUGUUGUUUCUACUGAUAGUCGGCAUACUUAUGUACCUUCGUUUUGUUGAGUACAGUCAAUAUCGCAAGAAUCUUGCAAAUGGCGACGACGAAAAUGAAGAAGAAACUAGGCGUUUGCUCGAUGUUUCGGCAAAUUACGGUGCGGCAAAGCCAAAUCCAACUGUUCAAGUGAUUCCUCCACCUAGGGAGAAAUUUGCCGAUUUCAGCCAGCUAAGGGAGCCGCUGUUGGACAAUCAGUAGCUUUGAUGAAAUGAACAUGUAGAAUAGUGCUGAAAAAAUAUGUAGCCUGUAGGACAUUGCUUGUAGAAUAUUAAUUGCUUAAUUAUUGUGUGAAUGCCUGUUUGAGCUAGCUGGUUCUAAUUGCCGUAUCCUUGUAGUUUAUAGAAUGCUGAAUGAUUUGUGACCAUAAUGUCAAGAAUGUGUAAUUAAUAAUCACUGUUUGUAUGAACGUAUAUACAAAA